AUGAGCUGCUGCUUUUUUGACAAUAAUCAAAUGGCAAAAGAGAUUGGAGAGUUAACUGAGAGAGAAAGAACUGCAAAGCGAAUUCUGACUAUGCAAGGAUUAUUCCUCCUCUUCUCGUCUAUCUUCCUACUUUCUUUGAGCAAAGGUGAGCAGCUUCAAUUCCAACUUCACUAUGCUGUUCGCGAGAACGAGCCGAGUGGCCAUCGUGUUGGCUACCUCGAUGAAGAUCUCAGACGCCAGCAGUCAUUAAAUUUUUCUCAACUCUGUGGCGGAGGUGGUGGAUGUAAAGACUUGCGCUUCCGACUUCGUGAACCAUCCUUCCAUUUGGAACUGGAUGAGACCACUGCCUUGCUCACAACAAAGUCGAUCAUCGACUUUGAACAGCUGUGCAUCGGGCAAUGUCGUUCCACUCUUGAUGCCUACUUGAGUGUGACGGUCAACGUGUGGCAGGAAAGGAAACUGACUGCAUUCAUUCACGUAAGAAUUCAAGUGAUUGAUGUGGAUGACAAUAGCGUGGAGUUUCCUGAAGACAUUCCCAGACCCUUUAUCCUAUGCUUAAAGGAAGUGAUCUAUCGAAAGGGCAAAACAAUUGAGUUGCCUCGAGCUGUGGAUAGGGACGUGACCCCAAAGUUUUCCUCCAUCACAUAUCGGCUGGAAUUUGCCACCAGUCAAUGGGCAUCUAUGAAGAUGGUGGAGUUGAGUGUGACGAAUGAUUCGCGGCCUCUUUUAGUACUGAAAGAAGACUUAGAUUAUGAGGACGUAAAAGAGUAUGGCUUCUCGCUGGUGGCGUGCAAUCCGAGCCUACAGGCAGAUAGUCCAAAAACAGUGGUCCAGGAAGCACAGCUUUCAGUUGUUAUUCAGGUACUGAAUAUCAAUGAUAUGGAGCCAGUGUUUCCUCAAUCUGUUUACACGGUUGAAGUGCCAGAAGAUAUUCAACCAGGAAUGGUUAUUAUUGAGUUGAAAGCAAUCGAUCGUGACGCCGAUGCGGUUCUCACGUACUCCAUAAACUCCGCACCAGGGAUGAAUUUGUCGACACCUUUCGAGGUAGAACCUGAUGGAAAAGUGCGUCUGCGCGAGCGCUUCGACUUUGAACAAUGCACCGACUACAAUCUGCCAAUUAGAGCAAGCGAUGGGGACUUCACUGCUUCGACUCGCCUUCACAUUCAUCUCCUUGAUAUCAAUGAUGAAGCGCCCACUUUCAUUGUCAAUCCCACGCAUCUAACGGUUGAGGAAAAUCAGCCACCUAAUAUCAUAAUUGGCCAGGUGGUCGUCCGUGAUGCAGACACAUUCGCAGUGAAUGGCUAUCUGGAGUGCGCAGAGCCACCGGAGGAUGCAGAGCGACAGCCACUGCGCUUUGAACGACGAGUGGAAUCGGUACAGUCAACACUCGAGUCAACUGCCGUGCCGGAGCUGCACUUCGACCUUUACACGCGCCACAGCCUUGACCGCGAGGAGGGUGCGGCUGUGCGACUUGCUCGUUUGGUCUGCUGGGAUGGUGGAGGUGGUGACAGUGGCGCAGAGGCGGACGAGGUGCUCUACGGCGAUAGAUCCACUGCGACUGCAGGCCGAUCGGUCAGUCUCACCUCAACCCUCACCAUAUCUAUUCACGUGCAGGAUAAAAAUGACAACGCCCCUAUCUUCACUCAAUCCACAUUCGCUGCUGACUUGGAGGAGAACAAUGGCAUAAGGAAGGAGAUAUUGCAACUGACUUCGAAGGACUACGACACCGAGGAAAAUGCCAUCACGCGGUACCGUUUGACAGACGAGAAUGCAGAUGCCUCUCUGUUUUAUCUAAACGAGGAUACAGAUUUGAACUAUGGAAGAACAACAAGAGUUGUUUUACUGAAAGCCGAGGUAAUUGAUUGUAUCAAAGCAUGUCAAUUGCAAGUUGUGGCUUAUGACGCCAGUCAAAAUCCCCUUGAGAUCCCCGGAACAGAUCACCAGUCCAUCUCCACGGCGAUGGUUAUAGUGCGCAUAACCGACGUUAAUGACCACGCACCACUGAUUCAAGAGACUGGGGAGCUCAUUCUCCCCGAGAACAAGGAACCCGAUUUUCUCGUUGGACAGGUGGUGGCGACGGACCUCGACACUGGUGUCAACGGUGAGGUCACCUUCGACAUUGUGCCCACUGAUCCGCGUGCUGUGUUCAAUGGCCCGCAGCAUACGCAAGUCAUUGGCUUUCGUAUGACUCCAAAUGGGAGCAUCUUUUCCACAAGACAAUUUGAUCGUGAAACACAGGCCAGUCAUUUUACUGUACUUAAUCAACCAGUCUUUUAUGCUAGAAUAUGUAUUUGUGCUUUAGCAUAA